UGGAAUGUGGUAAUUCUUCAAAAUGGUCGCUUUGUAUGGUUUGCCAACUUGCAUGUCUGUGUUUUAGAGUUCUUUGUUUUCGUAAAUUGUUUAAUAUAGUCUAACGUUGAGGUCAAAACAUAUACUACUCUUUAUCGUACCGCAUAUGCAUGAAUUUAUAUCCUAUAAUUAUAAAUUGUGGUGUGUGAGAAAGAUGUCAUCGGUAAUGUGAGGGCAUUCUACGAGCAUUUUUAUUUUACGGGAUUAUGACGUCUAUGUGUGCGAUUUGGAUUUAUAGAGAGUAAAGAAAAUCAGCUGUCAAUCUCCUAUUCACAAGAUUCAGAAAAGAAUGUGGACAGAAGCGAAAAAUUAGACUAGCUAUAACACAGUGAGAAGCUUGGAGACUAUUUAAUACGUGCGAAUAAAAAAUACAAAUGAGAAGUGUGCGAGUGUGGUGUGGGAUGCCUAUGUGAUGGGUGGGGUGGGGUGACCGUGCGGCGCACGGGCGCGGGCGCCAUGAACCCGCCGGCGCCCGGCAAGACGGCCACGCGCUCCUCAGGGUACAACCAGAAAGCGCUCGCCGAGAUACGAAACUCCCUACUCCCAUUUGCAAAUAUCGGAAACUCUGAGCCUCCUGGCUCGUCAGCGGCCAGUACUGUGAGCUCAGGAGUUAGCUCUGGCUUCAGCUCAUCUUCAGGGAAUGGGCUGGAUAAGGACUUGAGUGUGCUACCACAGUCACUUAACCAGCUAAUAGCUCUGGGUUAUGAUGAGGAUCCAGCAGUCAAAGCACUCAAGUUCGCGGGCGGACGCUUUGACGCAGCACUCGAUUACCUUUCGAAAAAGCAGGAGCCCCUCAACGGAGUGCUGAAAUCGAGUAAUUUAAGCGCUCUCAGUACUAAGCUUAUCAGAAAGCCCAGCCUCGAGCGCGAGAUCACCCUCCACAGAGGCAGCCCCGCCUUGGACUCGGGAGCCGGCAGCUCGCGGUCCGACAGCCCGCGGCAGUCCGACGCGCCGCCGCUGCCGCACGAGAAGUUGAGUCGGCAGUACUCGCCGUCAGGCUUCUCCGAGCCGCCGCCGCCGCCGCCGCCGCGAUGUCCGUCCACGCCGCCCGUGCCGCCCGCCGUGCAGCAGUACAUGAAGCGCAUCUCGCCCGCGCCGCCGCUGCCGCCCGCGCGCGGCACCAGCCCCGUGGCGGCCGGGGCGCCGGCGCCGCCCGCGCGCCAGCCCAUGAUAGUGCAGAACGGCCCGCAGGCGCAGCAGCAGUUCACGCAGCAGAUACAGGCGCUCAACAUCUACCAGACGGGCGUCCCCGGCGCGGAGCUCCCCCCGCCCUACCCCCUCUCCGGCGUGCCCCCGCCGCCCCCCUACGCCCUGUCCAUGCAGAACCGGCAGAGUCCGACCCAGUCGGACGCCUACCGGAAGAGCCCCUCGUCGGGGAUCUACUCGGGUGGGACCUCGACCGGAUCGCCGAGCCCGAUCACCGUGACGCAGUCGACGGGUCCGGCGUCCGGCAUGACUCGCCCGACGCCCAUCCAGGCGUGGACGGCUCGGCAGGCCGUGCAGCCGCCCAUCAUAAUGCAGUCGGUGAAGAGCACGCAGGUGCAGAAGCCCGUGCUGCAGACGGCGCACGCGCCGGUGGCGCCGCCGCCCGUGGCGACCCCGGGGCAGCCGCCGCCGCCCUCGUACGCGUCGUCCAUCCAGCAGAAGCAGGCGCAGACGCCGCCGAGCUACCCGCUGGCGCCGAAGCCGUCGUCGCCCGGCUCCACGCCCCCCGCCUCCACGCCGCCCGCCGUGCCCACCACCGAACCGCCGAGCUAUGCCAUCACGAUGCAGGCGCUGGCCGUGCAGCGCGGCAUGCACCCCGUGCCGCCGCCGCCCUACGCCAAUCAGACCGACAACACCACGACCGUCAACUCGCACCAUUCGCCGCUCCACAAAAAGUUCUCUAACAACUGCGACGCAAAAGGCGAAACCUCGCAGAUGGAGCUCAAAUGUCCCAACCAAAACUGCAACAUGAUGAAAGACGCACCCUCCGGCUCCGACAAGAGCUCGAACGGAUCUUCGGAACGCAGACCGAAGGGUCCGUCGGAUAAGAUCAGGCACCAGUCGCCGAUUCCCGAACGCAAAAACAUCAGCAAGGAGAAGGAAGACGAGCGGAGGGACUGCAAAGUGAGGAACUAUUCCCCGCAGGCGUUCAAAUUUUUCAUGGAGCAGCACGUGGAGAACAUUCUCAAGUCCUACAAGCAGCGCACGUACCGGCGCAUGCAACUGGAGAAGGAGAUGACCAAAAUCGGCCUCAGCUCCGAGGCGCAGGAUCAGAUGCGAAAAAUGUUGUCGCAGAAGGAGUCCAACUACAUAAGGUUGAAGAGAGCGAAAAUGGACAAAUCCAUGUUCAACAAGAUCAAGCCGAUAGGCGUGGGUGCGUUUGGGGAAGUGACGCUGGUGAGGAAGAUCGAUACUAGUCAUCUGUAUGCCAUGAAGACGCUUAGAAAAGCGGACGUUUUGAAACGGAACCAAGUGGCUCACGUAAAGGCCGAGAGAGACAUAUUGGCCGAAGCCGACAACGAGUGGGUCGUGAAACUGUACUACAGCUUUCAGGACAAGGAUAACUUGUAUUUCGUGAUGGACUACAUACCGGGUGGUGAUCUGAUGUCUCUGUUGAUAAAGCUGGGUAUAUUCGAGGAGAAUCUGGCGAGGUUUUAUAUCGCGGAGUUGACGUGCGCGGUGGAGAGCGUCCACAAAAUGGGGUUCAUCCACAGAGACAUAAAACCGGAUAACAUACUAAUAGAUCGCGACGGACACAUCAAGUUGACAGACUUCGGGCUGUGCACUGGCUUCAGGUGGACGCACAACUCGAAAUACUACCAACGAAAUGACCACGGGCGGCAGGACUCCAUGGACCCGGUGGACGGCGAGUGGGGCGCGCUGGGCGAGUGCCGCUGCCACCAGCUCAAGCCGCUGGAGAGGCGGCGCAAGCGCGAGCACCAGCGCUGCCUGGCGCACUCGCUGGUGGGCACGCCCAACUACAUCGCGCCCGAGGUGCUGCAGCGCACGGGCUACACGCAGCUGUGCGACUGGUGGUCGGUGGGCGUCAUCCUGUACGAGAUGCUGGUGGGGUCGCCGCCCUUCCUCGCCUCCACGCCCGCGGAGACGCAGCUGAAGGUGAUAAAUUGGGAGAGCACGCUCCACAUACCGGACGCGGCGAAUCUCUCGCGGGAGAGCAAAGACCUCAUCCUGCAGCUCUGCUCCGGACAGGAGACACGGCUGGGCAAGGAUGCGAACGAGGUCAAAAACCACCCCUUCCUCCUGGGCAUAGACUUCGACAAAGGUCUCCGGAGGCAGGGUGCUCCACACAUACCCAGGAUAGACUAUCCCACAGACACCUCAAACUUUGAUCCGAUAGACCCGGACAAGUUGAGGAACUCGGGCAGCUCAGACUCUAAUAAGUCUGACAGUGAGCUCGAUAACGGGAAGACCUUCCAUGGAUUCUUCGAGUUUACCUUUAGAAGAUUCUUCGAUGAUGGUUACACAAAUAAAAUCAAUCUAGACGACAACGAUAAUCAGGGCCCGGUGUAUGUUUAAGUGAAUUGGAGGUUACAUGUUCGGUUUUGCAUCUGUAUUGCUUAUGGUAGUUAGAACUACAUCUAUGCACUCCGAAGAUCUGCAACUUCAAGGUUUUUGAGUAUCAAAGAGUGUGAUGUCAGAGUGAAACAAAACUAAUUGACUCUUGUAACUUCAUUUAUAAAACAUUUGCUUGUAAAGUAUCGCUUAUCUCACCAAUUUCAAUAUUGUAAUACAUAUAUCUCAUUACGCACAUGUGCCGUAGUGCCAAGAAAAAUGCACAUGUGCCGUAAUGUAAUAUAAAACCUUUAUCAUCCGUCCUUUGAACGAAUGGUACUUUUUUAAAUCUAAAGAGUUUUUAUGUCAGAAAAGUGCUCAACAUUUUAUGAAUAAAAUUAACUUUUGAGAUAAAAUAUAAUAAAAAAAACAUUUCAUUCGUUAAUUUGAAUAUUGUUGACAAUAAAUGUCAACCAUUUAUCUGUAUCAGAAACACAAUUAAUUAAUUUACUUUUUUAAUAAUACUGGCUGUUUUGGUGCAUUUGUCUAAAAAAAAACAAACGAAACAAACGCUGGUGUGCGCACUUCAUUAUCUGUGCAAAAAAGACAAGCAUAUCAAAAUGUCAUCUUAUGGAAAACGGGCAAAGAUGCUAAUUCAUUUUCAGAAAGUGUGUUUCCUCGCAAAUGUGUUAUAAAACGUCGUAUGAUAUACGUGCGUUUUCAUAAUUAUAGCCUCUGCUUCCUUACUUACUCAAAGAGGACCAUGACUAUGAAUAUACGACCUUAACAGAAGAGAUAUAAGAUCUACUUUACAUUGAUGUGAAAGAAUCAAAUUACCCCACUGAUGCCAAACUAAAUGUGUAACCUCCCUACAAUUAGUGAAAAAGACACUAAAUAAAAGGAUUCUCGCGAAGUGUGUGCCUUGACUCUCUAUUAAAGCGAUAGUUUCCCCCUCCUGUAAACAACGUACAUGUAACGUAUUUAAAAAAAAAGUUUUAUUUUUAAUAAGCCGUAUUGUUAAUAAUCCCGGUGAUAAUGUUGUAAUAUUGUAUCGUUAUGUAUUUUGUAAGUGUAAACCUGUAUAGGCCGGGAGACGUCUGUCAUAAAAACACUAUGUUAAAAACAUUGUAUAUAUUUUUUUUUUAUAAAAGAAUAUUUGUCAUAUCUUUGAAAUAUGACUAACCUUCCCAUUUCCUUCCAACUAGUCGGGAAAGACUGUGCUAGGAGUGGGUACGACAAUAGACCAAUAUUGUGUUAAUUUAAAAAGCCUUUAAAUAUUAAAUUUUUCUUAUUUCAGUUAUCCUAUUAAAAAAGUUACUGUAAUUUCCAUUUCUCAUAUGUAUUCUCCAAGUUUAACUGGCAAUUUUGCAUUAUUCAGUUUAAUUUGGUAUGUAACAACUUACCUUUGAUGUAAUUAAUAAUAAUAAAAUGUUUCAAUUUUGUCAGUUUUUGAGUGCCAUAACAUUUGAUUUGUCAAAAUGGAAUACCACUUAUGUAUUCCUAGUAAAUUUUAAUAAGUUAAAACAUAAAAUAGCAACAACAAGCUGUUGCAGCAAUUAAUCCAACCAUAAAUGAGAUGUUUUAAUUGAGUAAGCUUUAUGUCGGCCGUCUCUCGGACUAUGAUUGUAAUAUAUGUAACGAAUGGAUCACAGUAGUACAUAGCCGGUGUAACCAUGGUGCUACGCGACGGGACAUCUAGCGUUGUUCCAUUCAGGCUCGGUCCACACUAUGGCGACAAAACGUUCCAAUUUAGUAAAAAAAAAAUAGCAUAACAAAAUAUCUUUAUAUUCAAAAAAAAUGAUCUUUAAAAUUUCUCUUAAUUUUAAACUGUAAGCAAAAGUGACAAUGUUAACAUAUAUAAUUAAAUGCUGAAAUGGAUACAUCGCCAUAGUGUGGAUCAAGUCUAAUUGUAUACUAUUUUUGUAACUAGAGAAAUUAUUUAUGAGAUAAGAACAAGUUCGGAUUAGUGAAAUUCGCCACUUAUAUUUUCUUAUGUAUUUAUCGAGGUAGGUCGCUUAAAUGUGUGUUUGUUUAUAUAAUAGACCAAGAGUCGGCGGAUGGUUUGUUUUUGUAUCUUAAAUCGGUUCAAAUUUUCAGUAUAAUGUUUGAGUCUCAGAAGUGGUUUAUUUUCAUGAAAUUAUUAAAGAAAAAUUAUUUGAAUUACUUAAAACGAAAAACUUAUUUUAUUGUGAGAAGACAAAACAUGACAAUCAGUGUAUAUUUUAACCUAUAAUAAAUAGCAAAAAUUGCAGCUAAAUUAAAAAUGGAAAAAAUGAGAAUGAGAAAAUUAUUAGAACUUUCGAAUUUGAUACUGGCAUAAAAAACUUCAACAAAUCGUCCGUCAACUCUUAGACAAUAAAAAUACCAUGAAUUUUUGGAUUUAAUAAUGCAACGGAACGGUCCAACAUAGGUAACUUUACAAAAUAUGUAGGAGCACACGUUAGAAACGCCACACAUUGGAAUCACAUAAAUGUGUUUCAGGAUUGCGCCAUGUCUUAUUAAAAAAAAAAAAAUACAAAUGAUAGCAAAGGUUGCCAUGUCAAAUAAAUUAUUGUACAAAUGUAUAAUUUAUAUUUAAAGUAUAAAUGUCAAAACAGAUGUGGAUGUUUGAUAAUUUUGUUGUGCUAUCAUAUAUUAGUGAUAUAUCAACAAUGUGUUUUGGGAAUGUAAGCAAUCAGGGGCGGAUCUAGUGGACUAAAGGGGCUCAAGCACCCGCAAUACCAUUGAAUUCUCAAGUAACAAAUAUUUAAGUGAACUUUAUAAUAAUUAUUUAUUAGUCUAAUUGAACUUUAACCCAUUUAUAACCUUGAACUAUUUUUUACGUUACAUUACAUGUGGAUUGUUUUAUUCAGGCACAUCAACAUAUACAGACGUGUAGUCUAAGUACGUAAGUCUACGUACUCUUUCUUACCUGUAAGUGGUUCAAAUUAUUAUAAGUGACAGGAUACAGACGUCAAAACUGCAUUCCACACUUGCUUUGUGAAUAUGAAAUGUAAAUGCAAAACGAGUUUGUGCGAGUUGCCUGGAUAUCCACCACGUAAGAGUGCCACUGAUCCCGACGUCUUGCUGUUCUGUUAUAUAAAGAUAACGUAACACUCCAAAGUAUAAUAUCCGGAAGAUAGCAACAUGGAUAAGAAUUUUGUCUGCAUCUUGGACCUCACCACUAACUAGUUGAUGUGGCAGGCUGUAUCAUCUAGACAUGGUAGUCUGUAAUCUAUUGAUAUGAAUAACAAUCUAAAGAUGUAUAAAGCAAAAUAAGUUAUGUGCCUUUUUGCUAUUGUCAAUGGGCUUAACUCCCUCCCAUAGAGCAACCCUGAGUCCGCCACUGUCUACAACCAAACGACCCUGUAUGACCCUUGUGCAAAUGUCAACUACCUUAGAGUUUCAACAUUUUCUUUUCUUUCCGACUAAGUUCAAAAAUACAUUUUUUUUUUAUUAAAUGAUGACGGUUCCAGAAAACCCGUCGUAAAAAGCAUGAGACUACUUAAAGCCAUUAAGUCAAAUCCCUUUUUUUUUCGAUUGAUGACCGAUGUUCCGUUGCCUUAAAACAGGUCACUAAUUUCACAAGUUAGUUCUAUUUUGUAGUGCAGCAUUGUAUUUUUUUUUCACUAACAACAUCCAUUUUUUUUCUUGUAAGACAUUCCGCCCAUUACACACACCGUGAAAUUUUAUUAUAAAAUUACUUGUGUAUGCAAAUCUGUUUAAACUUUGAAGUAUAAAAUCUAAUCUAUUACUUUUGUGCCAAAAAUAUACUUGUUCGUUUUUAUUUUCAUUAUUAUUACUAAAGUCUUAGUAAUCCUAAUCAUCUUUUUCGAAGAAAAUUACGAGCACAUACAUAAAUAGGACUGACCCCAUUUAGAUGUUUUCCAAUGUGGCUCGAUUUUAAGAACAAUGACCGUUAAAAUUAAUUUCUGCUUCAGAUAAACAUGUUGUGAGUUGUUUAUCAUUUGCGCUGCACAUACUUCAAUUAUUUACAUAACUUUUAGUUUUCUUUUGCAUUUGCAGUUUUGCAUAAUAAUAAUUUAUUCCAGAAAUCAGUCAUCAGCGAUACCGUGCUAAUAACAUUGCACGGAUAUGUGUAGUGGGUGGAUAACUUUAGUCGCGAAUAUCUUUGUAAUAGAUCGGAACAAAUACAAUGUGUAUAUUAAAGUCGAUCGCAGACUGCCGUGAAAUUACUGAAUAACUUUUAUAUUAAAGUCAGAACACAUUUUUAGUGUAUUAGAACCACGAUGGGCAAACGAUUUUGUUGAGACUAAGAAGAGCAAAUUAACGGGGUAAAUUAACAGAAAGGAGCAAGGGUGAAAUGGGUGGGUGAGCGCAUUCGUCAUUCAUUCAUUGAUAAGCCCUCAUUUUGCCGCAGCCGAGGAUUCAUAGGCAAAAGACAUUGACCGCGCUUAGAAGGGGUGAGAGGGUAAGAUGACAGUGGAGCAAGAGAAAAGAGGGCGGCAGGUGCAUUUUUCAUGCAUUCAUUGAAAAACCGCUAUGUAGUCAUACUCAGCAGUCAGCACCCCUGUACCGCGCGGUUCGCUUCCGUUGACAUUAAAUUUAAUGAAAUUGAAAAUAUACAAAAUGUUUUUGUAUCAAUCGAUGAAUGAAUGAUGUUAUAAAAUAAAACCUACUCAAGAAGGCUUAGUGUCUAUGCGCUGCACCGAGUCAGCGAAUAACCAAUCUGGUAAGAGGGACAUGGUUUUUAAAUUUUCUUGAAGAUUUGCUUAAUCCCAAAAUGCACAACAAUCGGGCCAUCGACUAAAUUAACAACAGUGAAUUUAAUUUAAUAGAGUUGGUUCUAUUAUAUUGAAAUGCCUUCUGUCAAGGUAGUUUGCAAAUCUUGGCGCGUUUAAUACGUCAUAGAUCUGUACAUCACUAACAGUAUUCAAAUGUUCAACGAUAGUACUUUUACAGCAAUCUGAUAUCGACUGUAAUGUUAAGACCAUGGUCGUUUUUUACAGUUAUAGCCUGAGAGCUAGUAGGGAAUUUUAAAAAGUUGUUUGUCAAGUGCUGAAAGUUUGUGCAUUGUUCCAUAUUGUGGACCAGCUGGCAGGUCCAGGUUUUUAUUAAGCCACAGAUUUAAAUCGUUAGAUACCUGUUAACCCAUAAUAUCAUCAGCCUAUUAUUAAUGACCCAUUGCAGGUCACCGGUCUCCUCUAAUAAAUGAAAGGGAGGUAUAAAAGUAUACUUAGAUAUUACUAAUACAUAAUUAAAAUUGAUUUUCAUGACUAACGAAAAUUUUCCAUUUUCAAUUCAUUUGUACUUUGGUUUUAAAUCCAAUAUAGUAAUUUUCUUCUCUUAAUAUUUCAAUAAUUAAAUAAGUUAGUUUAAAUUAUAUACAUACCUAUCUACUGAUCUGAGAUCUAUGGGAAAAACCAUAUUCCAAACUUGAAGCUGUUUUAAGCAUCUGGUUAAUAUUGUCCGCUAGCUCUGCAGCUAUCACAGGACAUUGUCAUAUUAUUUGUAUAGUACCUAUGUUAUAAACGAGUCACUUCACCUUAAAUUAUGUGUUAUUUGUAUGUAAAUUGUUUUAUUCUAAAAUUUAUUAAUAAAACAUGCUUUUAAGUAAAUGAAAAUAAAAUAUGGGAAUACUGUUGA